AUGUUCACUAACCACACCUGUUUGCACGUUUCAAAUUUGGCCAAGUCUGUUGGUUGGUACACCAACACAUUUGCCAUGAAGGCAAUCAAGCAAUUGGAGACUGCAAAGUAUACUUCUGUCUUUGUUGCGUUCGAUAGCAAUGGCCACCCACAUGCGGGCAAACCACUGGCCCAGAGAGACGGAGUAGUCGAGCUGCGCGAGCUUAAGAACUCCAAUGCCAAGGUUUACGAUGGAAACUCGGAACCAUAUAAAGGAUUCGGCCAUCUUUGUGUCUCGGUCAACAAUAUUGCCAAGGCCCAGGAAGAUUUCCUUGCUAAGGGAGUGAACUUCAAAAAAAGGCUCGAAGAUGGAAGACAAAAGAACAUUGCUUUCAUUUUGGACCCGGAUGGAUACUGGGUUGAGUUAAUUGAAAACGCUCUGGACGAGGCCACCACCGUCAACCCAGUUGCUUACAGAAUGAACCAUUCCAUGAUCAGAGUCAAGGACCCUAAGGUGUCUCUCAAAUUUUACCGUGACCUGCUAGGAAUGAAGCUUUUCAGCACCAGAGACUUCCCCGAAGCUCAAUUCACCUUGUAUUUCCUUGGCUUCGAGGACGACUCGUAUGUUGAGAACAAGGAGCAACCAAAGCCACAAGCUGCAAGACAGUCCAUUAUCGAACUCACUCACAACUAUGGAACCGAAUCCGACGACUCGUUUGCCGGCUACUAUGUCUUUGACAAGGACACUGACAAGGUGGUUGGCUUUGAUCACAUUGCCGUCUCGUACAAGGAUGUUAAAUCUGUCAUUGACAAAAUUGGUGACAACGCUAAAUGGAUCACAAAGUUUGGCGAAAAUCCAGACUUGAAGGAGACUGCUCUGUUGACAGACCCAGACGGAUACAAGAUCCAGUUACAAUCCUUCGACGCGUUGUCGUAA